UUACUAGCUUUGUCAGCGGAGACUCUGCACCACAUCUCUACUGUGUCUUCACCUGCUGCAGUCGCCGCAGCUCGUCACCUUGGACUUUCGAUCUCCGGCGCUGACUUUAUCUCAUCAUCCUUAUCAGCAGUCUAUGCUCCCGCAGCGUUUUAUUUUCUUCCCCACUUUAUUUUUUUAUUUCCCCUCCUGCCUUCGCUUCUCGUGGACCUUGAGCGAAGGCACACCGGGUUUAUUAUUAAUUUGUUUCCUUCGGUUUUUUCUCCCUUCAUCGUCCUCCCGCUACUAGGGGAAUAUGACGUUAAAAUCCAAUAAAAACGAACCCGCUGUCGUACUGGACUCUGUCAGCGGCGUCAGGACAGCGCUCUCCGAUCUCUACCUGGAGCAGCUCCUUCAAAACAAAGCAAAGUCUGAAAAGGCGGCCAUGCAAACCUGUGAAAAUAAGGGAGCUGAGCUUUACACCAAUGGUAGUGCUGGACACAUGACCUGCACAGAGCUGACCAGGAUGAGAGAAGUUUCUUUUGAAAAGAAUGCGUCAGAGCCGAUGGGAGUCACUCUGAAGCUUAAUGACAAAAAAAGAUGCGCGGUGGCCAGAAUAUUACAUGGGGGUAUGAUCCAUAGAGAAGGCUACUUAAAUGAAGGGGAUGAAAUAGCAGAAAUCAAUGGGAAAAGUGUAACGGACCACACUGUCGACCAGCUACAGAAGAUUCUGAAAGAAGCCAACGGAGUAAUCACAAUGAAGGUCAUUCCCAAACAGCAGAGUCGAUCCCGAUCCUGUGAGAUGUACAUGAAGGCCCAGUUUGACUAUGACCCCACGACGGACGACCUCAUCCCAUGCAAAGAGGCAGGUCUGAAGUUUCAAACCGGUGACAUCAUUAAGAUCAUCAACAAGCAGGACCCCAACUGGUGGCAAGGCAGAUUGGAGAGUAACGCCACUCACUUCGCUGGACUCAUUCCCUCCCCUGAGCUCCAAGAAUGGAGGGUGGCAAGUAAAAGCAAGGCCAGAGGGGGCAGUCAGUCCUGCAGCCCAUUUGGAAAGAAAAAGAAGUGCAAAGACAAGUACCUGGCUAAACAUAGUUCCAUUUUCGACCAGUUGGAUGUGAUUUCUUAUGAGGAGGUUGUUCAGCUCCCUGCUUUCAAAAGGAAAACGCUUGUGCUCAUCGGUGCACCUGGUGUAGGAAGGAGGCACAUCAAAAGUGCACUAUUGACCAAAUACCCAGAUAGAUUUUCCUACCCUGCACCACACACCACUAGACCCCAACGUAAGGACGAGGAGAACGGACAGGAGUAUUACUUCUUCUCCAACGAAGAACUGACCAAAGGCAUCGCUGAGAAUGAGUUCCUGGAGUACGGCAGCUUUCAGGGAUUCAUGUUUGGCACCAAAACUGAAACCAUCCAUAAGAUCCACGAGCAGGGGAAAAUUGCUGUGCUGGACGUGGAGCCACAGAACCUGAAAGCCUUAUGGACGGCUGAUUUCGCACCCCUCGUGGUGUUCAUCUCCCCGACCGACGAAGCUUCUCAGACGGAAAACCUGCUGAUGAUCCAUAAAGAGUCGGAAGCCAUUCGGACCACGUACGGACACUAUUUCCACGUGGUCAUCGUCAACAACGACGUGGACGAAAGUGUCAAAGGCGUGGAGGAUGCCAUCGAGUGUGCCACCUCCAGCCCUCAGUGGGUGCCAGUGUCAUGGGUUUACUGACGGCUGUGUAGCGUCCGGUGUUUCUACCCGUGUGUUUGAUUAAAAGCAGUGCAAUAUCACUCUCACUUUUACACAAAACCUCUCAGUUAGUGAUCUCCCAGGUGUGAACGGGAUCGUGUGGUUAAUGUUAAUUGUCACGUUGAGAUUCUUGUUGCACAGAUGCAAAAAAAAAAAAAAAAAGCAAUAUGUAGGAAGUUUUAUUUUAGAAAGUUGAUUUGGUUGUUUGUGCUUUUGGCUUUUUGGGAUAGUUCUGGUGCUGCACACCUUUUGUUUUUUUUUGUUGUUGUUGUGAUUGUCGGGAACGUGACGUGAGCAAGUGCAAAACAGGACCACAACUGUGAAUGAAAUCCUCGAUGGUGGGAUUUUGUCUAGUGAAACAUUACAUUCUGGUGCAUCCUCUUUUCUUCUUUUUUUUCCAUCACUCCCGUUAGAUUUUGCCAUGAAACUGAUAUUCUGAACAUGUGUGUGCAAUGCGGCGUGUGUAUGUAACUCCAUUUGACGGUAAUGUCAGUCAGUAACAGCCUUUUCUCAUCUCAUCCAAACUGUAUACCUCAUGGGAAACUGUAAAGGCACUUUUGAUCGGAAAAUAAAAUCCCCUGCUGUGUUGCAA